AAGUCCUUGGUCUUGAUUAAGCAAUGGUGUUCAGGCCUUUCCCCAAAGACGCUUUACUUCGUGGUCCCCCACCCUCUUAGUAUGAGGAAGUUGGAGCUACCAACCUUCAGCUUUGUGGUGGAGCCCAACCGGCUUAACGUGGGGUUGGAGCAGAGUGGUGUGGCUUGUGUAGCUGAACCCAGCCAUUUGCUCCGGUGAGUAUUUUCGGGUCUUCUCACUAGGUUUCUAAAAGAUGAAGGCGUGGGGGCUGGGGCCUGGGUGUCGGAAGGUUGAGGAAGGUGGACAUAAUUUCUUCAAAUGGAAGAGAUGGAAUGUGUGGUUGGGGAGGGAGGCCUCCGCAACCAAGGCACACUGGUCCAUUUCAAUUCCUGCCCGCUCCUGGGAAAGGCCCCACUUCACGCCGAUAGGUGUUCGCCUGCCGCGCUGCAGCCAAUCUUCCAGUGGGGAUGCUGGGAAUGCGCGAUGCCACACCUCCCGGGGGAAGGGGCGGGGCUGCGCCGCGGGUCGGGGAGGCUGCUGAUACCGCAGCUUUCGACCAGCCAUGGAGCCAAGUUUCGGGGCAGCAGGGCCGCGACGACAAGGUCCCAACUGAUUGCGCCACACCAUGCCCCUCAGCCUCUUCCGGCGCCUUCUCCUUGCCGCCCUGCUGCUGGUGAUUGUCUGGAUCCUCUUUGGGCCCUCAGGCCUCGGGGAGGAACUGCUGAGCCUCUCACUUGCCUCCCUGAUCCCAGCCCCCGCCUCGCCAGGGCCGCCCCUGGCUCUGCCCCGCCUCUUGAUCCCCAACGAGGACGCGUGCCGUGGUCCUGGCGCCCCUCCUUUCCUGCUCAUCCUGGUGUGCACGGCCCCGGAGAACCUGAACCAAAGAAACGCCAUUCGGUCCUCGUGGGGCGGGCAGCGCAAGGCCCGAGGGCUCAGGGUGCAGACUCUCUUUCUCCUGGGAGAGCCGAGCGCGCGGCAUCCUACCUCCGGCUCCCGCGAGAACCACCUGGCCCAGGAGUCAGCGGCCCAGGGGGACAUCCUGCAGGCAGCCUUCCAGGACUCCUACCGCAACCUUACCCUCAAGACCCUCAGCGGGCUAAACUGGGCUGAAAAACACUGCCCCACGGCCCGAUACAUCCUUAAGACUGACGAUGAUGUGUUCGUCAAUGUCCCGGAACUGGUGUCAGAGCUGGUCCGGCGAGGCGGCCAUUGGGAGCAAUGGAAGAGGGGCAUGGAGCCCCACCCAGAUGCUGAGGUUGGAGAUGAAGAGUGGGAAGGAGGCAGCCCCACCUUGGAGAACCACCCUGUGCCUCUUUUGUACCUGGGCCGUGUGCACUGGCGGGUGCACCCCUCCCGGACACCAGGUGGCAAACACCGCAUAUCAGAGGAGCAGUGGCCUCCCACUUGGGGCCCCUUUCCACCCUAUGCCUCAGGCACAGGGUAUGUGCUGUCAGCUUCUGCUGUGCAGCUCAUCCUCAAAGUGGCCAGCCGGGCACCUCCUCUGCCACUGGAGGAUGUCUUUGUGGGGGUAAGUGCCCGAAGAGGCGGCCUCACCCCAACCCACUGUGUCAGGCUGGCUGGCGCCACCCACUACCCCCUGGACCGGUGCUGCUAUGGGAAAUUCCUGCUGACAUCCCACAGGUUGGACCCCUGGAAGAUGCAGGAAGCAUGGAAGCUGGUGGGCGGCUCUGAUGGGGAAAGGACUGCACCCUUCUGCUCCUGGCUCCAGGGAGCCCUGGGCAUCCUGCGGUGUCGGGUAAUAGCCUGGCUUCACAGCUGAAAAGUACCUGGGCCAUAGGAAGAGUGAGGAUCUGAGGGUCCAACCAGCACCCCCACAGCCUUUCUCUCAGGGCCAAGGCAGGGGCCUAACAAGCUGCAGCUGAUCAGUUUCCCCAUACUAGAUACUCAGUCUGUCACUGGAGACUGAAGUAUGCAUAUGGGGAAAACCUACUCUUCCUGUUUUACUCAGGAAGAGUAAAACAAUGCUGCCGUCACUGUCUCCAGCAGGAGAGGGGCACGAGCCUCUCAAUAAACUUCUCUCUCUAUCUUUU